ACAGCGGCACCGGCGAGUGAAGGCAUGACCGCCGGAGUUAUCAAAAAACACCGACUACAGCCUUUAAUCUGCGGGGAUGUUGGACCUGAGUGCGGGAUGGAACCUGUCGUUCGCGGGCUGCGGGUUUUUAGGGAUUUACCACCUCGGGGUGUCUAGCUGCCUUAUGGAGCGCGCGCCUUACCUCGUGCACAGAGCCAAGAGGAUCUACGGAGCUUCAGCUGGAGCUCUUAAUGCAGCUGCGCUCGUCAGUGGAUCGUGUCUAGAGAAAUGUUGCAAGAAUGUGAUCGAGGUCGCUCAGGAGGCCCGUAAGCGCAACCUCGGCCCCCUGCAUCCCACAUUCAACAUAAUUAAAGUGCUGCGCUCCGGCCUGGAGCAAAGCCUGCCUGAAGAUGCACACACACUCGUCAGCGGCAAACUGUGUGUGUCUCUCACACGCGUCAGCGAUGGGGAGAACGUGCUGGUCUCUGAAUUCAGCUCCAAAGACGAGCUCAUUCAGGCUCUCAUCUGUAGCGCUUUCAUCCCUGUUUAUUGUGGUCUGUUCCCUCCUACCUUCCGUGGAGUUAGGUACGUCGAUGGUGGGAUGAGCAAUAAUCUGCCCCAGUCAGAACUGAAGAACACCAUCUCCAUCUCACCGUUCUCUGGAGAAAGUGACAUUUGCCCCAAGGACAAUUCCAGCAGCCUUCAUGAACUGCGAGUCACCAACACAAGCAUUCAGGUCACCUGGGGUAACAUGUGCAGGAUUAGCAAUGUGUUCUUCCCUCCUGAGACUAAGGUAAUGGCAGAGCUGUGUCAGAACGGGUAUAAAGAUGCUCUACGAUUCCUCCAGGACAACAAUCUCUUGCAAGUUGAAUGUCCGAAAGUAGACCACGCCCUGACGCAGGACACAGGACACACCUGCUGCGGUGUCACCGAAUCGACACGGGAGAGGAUGCUCCGAAGACUCCGCCUCCUGGGGGAGCACCACUGGUGGUUGGACAAGCAGCUUGUCGAUUAUCUCCCCACAAACAUUCGGAAAGUGUUCUGUGAGGCGUGUAAAGAGAAGCAUGGCCUGAUGGCUCAGAUCACUGGUCUGUUGCCUGUACGUGUGGCUUCCUACAUGCUGAUGCCCUACACGCUGCCGGUGGAGUCGGCGUACUCUGCGGUUCAGAGGUUUGUAGAAUGGAUUCCUGAGGUCCCUGCUGACACACGCUGGCUUUUUGAGAUGGCGGGAACUGUUUACAGACAGGCCUGGAAAGGAAUGUCCUUAGAAGGUGGCUUCCCACUGCGCCGGUGUGUGAGCGGACCACCCUCACUGGACCUGCAGCCACAUGGCAUUCAGCACAACAGAAACGCCACUUUUUCUGCCUCUGAAUGGCGUAAUUACAGCUGGGAUUACUCAGAAAGCCUGGAGGAACCCAAAAGCCUGUGCACUUCUGAACAGAUCAGCAUGUUUAUUGGCUCACAGGACAACUCCGCGAGCUAAAUACAGCAACACAUGGACACAAAAUGAAUUAUUUAAAAAAAUAUUGAUGCUUCACACAUCAUAAAUAGUGGAGUUUUUCCUUAAUUCAACUUUUCCUGUUCCCUGUGUCUAUGCAAUAACACUGCUUUAAGCUCUCAAGUGCACUUAAAAAAAAGGUGCUGUAAAAACACACACUGUACUGUCUUUAAAACUAAUUAUUUGGAAAAAAAAAAAAGGAAAUAAUGCUGGUGUGACAUUUCUCUAUGUCCCUCAAAAGAGAAAUAAAAUGUUGAUAAAAAGAAUUUAAAAAUAAAUUAUAUAUUUCUGUGAAUCCUAAGUGAAUAAAUAUACUAUACAGUCAA